AAAUUUGUCAUUGUUAUACUUACAUCAAAAAUGGUGUAGCACUUUCGAUUUUCAAAUUUAUGCCAACCAACUCUCCCACAAUGGGACAAUGGUAUCACGUAACGUAAAAAACCAGCCUUAACAAUUGAUCACUCCUUAACUACUGGGCGUAUGUAUGAACUGGAUUGAGGAAGUGACCUCAUGACCUAUAGCCGAAUCUACUCCCAUAUUGAAGAGAGGAGGCAUUUAAAUCGUGAUUGUUGCCCUUUCCCCAUCCACUUUGCUCGGCAGGUAUACAGUGCUUUACUUUAUUUGUGGUUUCAUGAUGUGGUCAAGAUUCAAGUGGCGGACACUCAUUGUGAUCGUGCUAGUGGUCAAGACAAUAGACGCUGGACCCGCGGGACCAGUUGGGGCCGCCCCACUUGGGGGUGUAGUCUCCUUGGAUGAGAAUUAUGUCAUGGAUAAUGCAAAUCUUCAUGGUGGCGGGGCAUCAAGCUCCGGUCUGAACAUGAGACGAUACGCACGUUAUCACCGAUACGAAGAAGAGGAGGAACCCGAAGAGGACGAGUACGAUGAGGAAGAAGAGGAGGAGGAGUACGAAGAGGAUGAGUAUGACGAGGACGAGGAGGACGAAGAAGAAGAGUACUCGGACGAAUAUUACGACGAGGGACGACACGGACGUGGCAUGUUUAAAGAUUUGUUGGAUUUCGCCGGGAAAGGGGUGGGUGCCGCGAAGGAUCUGGCCGAUAAGGUGCUCGGCGUUGGGAAAGAUGCGGCCGGCUCUCUGUCUGACAUCGCCUACUCCGUUGCAGCGAAAGGAGAUGAUCUCAUGUCGUCUGUGUCGGGGGGAUGAUUUACGAAAAUUUAUGAAUUUAUGAAAAUUUUCGAAAUAUUUAUUUAUCUGACCCAUAAAUUCUAUGAGCAAGCAAAAAGUAAUUGUGAAAUCGAAUCCAAAGUUUACAAAUUUUCAACUACGACACAAAUUUACAGAUUCUAAUUAAUCCACGCUCCAUUUCUAA